AUGGACCCAAAAAUAAAAGAAUACAUCGACAAUGCAUGUCAGGCAACCAUGUCAAUGCUGAUAGAGAAAGUGAAGGAACUGAUAGGACAACAAGCCGAAACCCAAAGACAAUGGAAUGAACAAAUGCAAAAUACCAUGAAUGAACGUUUUAACAAACUGGAGCAGGUUGGCAUGAUGAGUUAUGUCAUGGAUCCAAACAAUAACCAUGCGAACGAAGAAGAGAGUAACAACCAAACAAUAACAACAAUAUGUUCACCACCAGAAGUAAGGGAGAAUAUCCCACAAGGUAAUUACCCACCUACCUCUUUACUUAACAAUAUGAUAGUCAAUGCAGGCCUGUCAGACGCAACAAUAUGUACAAACGGUGAACCAAUAAUAGCAAAAAACAAAGCACGGAAAUAUCUAUCAAUUAAUUACUCAACACUAAAGCAGCUGCCAACAGUUCAAGGACUAUGGAAAUCAAUAGCAUUUGGAAGCUAUAUUGAACUCACUGAAUUUGCAUACAAAAACAUAAAAGAAAGUGCAAAAUAUCAUCAUGAUGAUCUACCAUUGCAGGCCUCAGAAGGUGGAUAUAUAGCUAUUCGCAAAUGA